AAACGAAAUAAUGUUCCCAGUACAUUCUAAUGAUUAGAUAAAAGUUGAAAUUUAUCUCAGUUACAGUUUCUACUAUAAACCCAGAGUUCUAUAGUCCUCAUGCUGGCACAGUUUUAUUAUAGUCUAUGCUUUAUGUUUAAUAUAUGAGUUAAUGUCUCUUCUAUUGGCCGGAAGAACAUCUAAAGAUCUUUAAAUAAGACUUCAUGUGAUAUUAGACAGUUAACAAUAAGAUGCUUCAGUAACUAUAAAAGUUCACGUGUCAAAUGUUGUUGGAUUUUAACAUACUUUCUUCAAUACAAGAGAAAAUAGUGAUCAUGUGUUUGCAGUAAUAUAUUGAUAAACUAUGCAUGUAAAUUAAAAAAAACACUCAAUUUACUAGAUAAAUAAAUUUUAAAUGACAUGGCUGCAAUGAAAGAACGAAUCAAAACUAAUGAUCAAGUUGAAGAGACAAUGAAACCUCCUGAUGGAGGAUGGGGAUGGAUGAUCGUCGUGGCGUUUGCUGUGAACAAUCUCAUAAUGGUUCCAUUAAUCACAGGAUUGGGAAUAAUUUUCAAAGAUUUGUUUCCCUUGUAUGAAAUUUCUCAUACUGACGGAACUAUAAUUAUGAGCACGAAUAUGUCAUUUGGAAUGCUGAUGGGUCUGACUCAUGGCCCACUUUUACAGAUAUUUGGUUACAGAAAAAUUGCAAUAGCUGGAGGAUUGAUGUUCUCGAUAGGUCUUCUUCUAACUUCAUUUGCCAAAACUUUUGUACAUUUUUUGAUAUCGUAUGGUAUUUUAACAUCGUUUGGUAUUGGUUUAGGAAUGUCGGCAUUUUCACUUGCACUGAAUACAUAUUUUUUAGAAAAAAGAGGACGAGCAAUGGGAAUGGGAAUGACUAUUACAGGUCUUGGUCCUAUUUUGAUGCCACAAUUAGUAUCAAUUUUACUUAAUUCCUAUACUUCUCAAGGAGUAAUGAUUAUUCUAGGAGGAUUAGCACUACAUACAGUAUGUGCUGCUUUAUUACUUCAACCUGUCAAAUGGCAUACUAAACGUAUAAAUAAUCAACUCCAAAAUAAAAAUAGUUGUCAACAAUCACUUGAAGUCAAUAAAGUCGAAAAAAAAAUUCAAGCAAUCAUAGAUGAACGAGACUUAGUUGUUUCGAAUUCUGAUGGACAAGAGAUUAUUGGACAUGCUCAAUCAAUUCAUGAUAUAGUAGAAAUGACAAAUAAUGAAUUUAUGAUCAACAAUCCAUCACAUAAAUGGUGGAACUCAGUCAAAAGCAUGGAAUCAGUGCAUUUGGGAAGCUGUCUAAUGAUUUAUGAUGAAGUAAUGGUUUAUGAAAAGAAAUCAAUUGAUGAUUACCUACGAAAUGAGAUAGAUGAUAAAGAAUUUCAUCAAAAAAGUUGCAAUAAGCUAUAUGAUAUUUGCUUAAAAAACAAUGAAAUAUUAAAAGAAAAUAAAUUAGAAGAUUCCAUCGAUGAUAAAUGCUUAAAAAAAUUCUUCAAUCAAGUAAUUAAUUUUUUUGAUUUAACUCUUUUGUGUGAUCCAAUUUAUGUCAACAUAAUGCUGGGAAUAUCUAUAGCUAUGUUUGCUGAAAUGAAUUUUUCUAUUCUCAUUCCAUUUAUCUUAAAAGAUAUGGAUUUUACCACAAAGCAGAUAGCUACAGUGAUGAGUGUUAUGGCUACUGUUGAUCUAUUAACACGUGGCUUUGCUCCAUUUAUUGGCGAGCGGCUAUGCCAGACACCUAGAAAUAUAUAUCUAGUCAGUUUGAUGAUGUUAAUUAUUAGUAGAAGUAUAUUGAUAUUUUAUACUGAUUAUAUUGCUGUGAUGAUAAUGGCUACUGGUGUAGGAUUUUCCAAAGGAUUUCGAUCUGUUUUUAUGUCUUUAGUAAUUCCUAGUUAUGUUUCAAUUGAUCGAUUGCCACAUGCUGCUGGAAUCCAAAUUUUUGUUAAUGGAAUAAUACUCAUGGUGCUUAGUCCUAUUAUGGGAAUAAUGCGAGAAUUGAAAGGUAGUUUUGUAGUUUGUAUAAUUAUUAUAAAUUCGAUGACAGCACUUACUAUAAUAAUGUCGAUGAUCGAAAUGUGUAUUACCAAACGUAUUAGUAAAUCAGAAGAAGAUAAGAACCAGUAUCAAGCAGUAACACCACAUGAAUAAUUUAAAUACUUAAGAUUAAGUAUUUAUUUGUCAUUAAAUUAAAAAAGAAAGAAAAUUGUAGGACAAUUUAUUUAAAAUUAAUUAGAUGUGUACUUAUCUUUUUUAGCACUAUCAUGAAUGAAUUACAUAGUCCUCUUUUUUCAUUAUGCAUAUAAUACAUUCACUACCUCAUUAAGGUCGCGUCCUUGUUUGAUCAUUUUACUCUUGAAACAGUUUUUUAAUUACUCACAAGGCAAUUCUUGGUGUCUCUUAUUAUAGAACAAGUCACUGGGUAAUUCACCGAGUAUCAUGAAACAAUGAGACGCUUUUCUACAAUCUUCCGGCAUUUACAUUCUCACGGUUCAUGACUUUGUGCCAAGUUCUAUAGCCUUUCGUUUCUUUUGUAAAAAUCAUCGACCCUGAAAAUACUUUGUGAAACAUUAAACUCUCUUUACUACGAGUAAUUGUAUUUUGAAAAUUUUCAUAAAUAUAUUUUGUUAAUAGUCUUAAAUAAAUUCAUUA